AUGGAUGGACUGCCCCUACUUAUACUACCUCCAUCUCUGAUUCAUUCAGUGGAACAGACAGUGCUGGAAGAGUCAGGGGGAGGCCCCCACCAAGCUGGAACGACCCUGAAACUCAAAUGCCAAACCUCUGGUUUCCAGUUCAAGACAAGCAAGCUUGGCUGGUACCUUUGGGCCCCUGGCCAUGCCCCACUGUGGUUGACCAGUCUCAAGAGUAGUUCUGCAGAGGCCAGGGAAGACCGAAUCACCACCUCCAGGGAGGAUGCUGGCAGCCGGAUUUUCCUGCAGAUUGAAGGCCUGGGCCUCAGAGAUUCUGGUCAAUAUCACUGUUCAAGGAGGGUGGGCAAUGGAGAUGACACAGACAAGUUGGUCUUUGGUCGUGGGACAGAUGUGACUGUGGAGCCUGGACCUCGGGCCCCCCUGUCACCCAGUGUGUUCUUGAUGAGGAAUCAGGAUUCUGUGGCCUGCCUGAUCAGGAACUUCCACCCCAAGGAACUCCAUGUGUCCCUGGCCUCCUCUGGAGCUUUGAUCUCACACCAAGCUCUUGCUUUGAGUCCCAUGGCCAACGGCACCUACAGGGCUGUCAAGAUUGGCAGGGUUGGUGAGAAUGAUACAGUAACCUGCUCAGUGACACACCUUGGGAAAGAGAUACAUGUAUCCCACCAGCCAGAUCAUACUGGACCAGACCCUGGGAUUGCCUCUGAACAGAAACUGUCUUGCACUGAGAAAAAUCUUACAGAAGGACCUGAGCAGGAAAACAAGCUAUUCCUCAGUGUGAUGGGCCUGAGAUUGCUAUUCAUGAAGACUGUGGCCAUCAAUGUCCUCUUCACCGCCAUGGCCUUGAUCUCCUGAGGAAGAACUUAAGGAAGAAGGUCUAAGAAGUUGCCACUUGGAAUCCGGAUCUCUCUGGGGACCCCAGAAUGAUCUCUGGAUAAACUCAAGAUGACUCCAGAAUGACCCCCAGCACUCAUAAUUAUUCCAGUUAUGUUUAAUGCCCCUUAAGCCCAAAACUUCAUUGCUGGGUCCAUAUUUCCCAUGAUAUAGUAUUCCUAAUUUCCUUAAUCCAACAAUAAAGACAAGAAAGCCUU